GACGUAUAGCCUUUUCCCCGUAUCAUUCUGUCAGCAAUAACACAAACAAACUAGACUUCAUUGUUUCUAAGUCACUUCGUGUUACUCCACGGCAGAAUAGUGCAUUAUUCAGAAUAUUUUCGUUGGGUUGCCGAAACAGUCUUGAUAUGUGACAAAGCCAUACAAGCACUCUGUGCUACACAGGUAAUACAGUUUUGUCACCAUGGUGUGAAUACCGUGCUAGGGUUUCAUUUCAUAUUUAUAUACUUAAUAUACCGGUAGCGUAAUAAAUAAUAUACCGUAUUUAUCGGCGUAUAAUACGCACCUGAUUUUAAGAAGGAAAUUUCAUGAGAAAAAAAACGUAACAUUAUAUCGGCGUAUAACACGCACACAUCAUUUGCCCCCCCCCCCACCCCCCCCCCCCCCCAUUUUCAGGGAGACAAAGUGCGUGUUAUACACCGAUAAACACGGUAGUUAGCAGAUGCGUUUACAUCAGUUAAUUAAACUAAAUAUAAAAAUGGGUCCAUCCAUAUAUUUCUACAUAUCCACUGUGGGGCAGGGUGUUGUGUAUUUUUUAAGAAUUUAUCUAUGUUUGCCAAUGGCCCCGGGUGGGUGGGUAAGAGAAAAAAGGGGUGGAAAAAGGGGUGGGGGUGUCUCGUUAUUUACCACAGUUAAUGAAAUAUAAGGGGUAAAAAAAUAAAUAAAAUGGAAUGCAAUUAUUGCAUUUCUUAAAAUUUAACACAACUUUAAUUCUGAAAUUUCGUUAAAGAAAUUAAAUAUGUUGAAGAAUUGGAGAAAGAAGCUUGUCUCCAAAAUUGGCAGGAUGAAUUUGUUUUAAAUGCACGAUUUCUUCCACCAGAUCAGAAACAGAAGAAUAUUUCCUGGAAAAGACAAUGCAAUAACUUCUAAUAUCAGCUUCAGACGUGAUGGAGUAAUUCCACAACUUGCUGAAAAGAGCUGCAAUCUCUUGAAGUGCUGUGAAGCAAGCCGUAAUCCAGCUAUAACAGAAUCGAUGAUAGGGUAAAAAAAUUUAUAAAAUAAUUGACUUCUUCAAUUCAUCUAGUUCAGAGGACGUAUGGGAAUCACAUUGGAGUGUCCUCAACCUGGUCACCAUGGAAAAAAAUAUUCAUCGCCAAGGGUGGUAACAAUGUCUCUUCCAAAUGUCAAUGUUGACAACCUUUUCAAUCGAACAUGAGACCAGAGGCGUAGCGGGGGGAGGGGGGGCAGGAGGGGACAGAUGUCCCCGGGCGCCAGCUAGUUAGGGGCGCCAAAAUGUGCUUUGAUAUUAUUUUAUUGAUGAAAAUAAUGGGUUUGAGAAUUGAAAAAAAAGGAAAAAAAAAGGGCGCUUUAUAUGGAUCUUGUCCCCGGGCGCCAAACACCCUCGCUACGCCUCUGUCGGAAACACUGGUGGUCUCAAAAAAGUUUAUCAACUUUAAUGAUUUGCCCUAUUCGCCACCCCCUGUCCAGACACUUGCCAUGAUAACAAAUAGGAUGGGUAUAUUUAAUUAUGGCUCACUGUACAUCACAAAUUGGUAACCGGAAAUUGAAGAUUGAAGUGCUAAAAGUACUUUAAGUCACAAAAUGCUCAUAUUGAGAUAAGCAAGUUCAAAUAUUCUUUUCGUCUAUAAAACUUGAUCAUUUUCAUAAAUUUGUCUUGUUUAAUUAAAGGACUUUGGUACAUUUUACAGUGUUCAAAUUUCGUUUGUGCACUUGGCUAUACCCGAGGUCACAGUUUUGAUUGAUUUUGAUAAAAAUGUGACUCAGGUACUUUUAGCACGAGGGUCUUCAAUUUGUUUGUAGAAAUUUCGUCGACGGAAAAUUGAUCGAGGGAAAUUUGAUCGAACGGAAGUUUGGUCGAAUUUGUUUUUUUGUUUUUUUAAAUUUACACGCUCAAACUUUCGUCAAAUUUCUUUUUGAACGCAUUAUUUUGGUUUACUAAAUAGUAUAGUGCGUUCAUUAAAAAUGGAAGAAAUAACACUUAGGCUUGAUACCCUUCAGAACCUUCUUUGAUUUCCCCCCCCCCCCCCCCACUGUUUCAAUUCCAGGGCGAUUUAGUNUUUUUUGUUAUAGUUUGUUUUUUUUUUGUUGUUUUUUUUUUUGGGGGGGGGGGGGAGGAGGGCGCAAACUUAAAGUCCGCCCCGGGCCGCAUAAUGUCUCACUGCACCACCAUUUGGGGACCACCCUAACACACAAUUUUUGUACAGUUUCACUCUUGCUGAUAGGUGUCGAUAUCAACACUGCAUCCCACUGUUGCCUUGUCAGAGGGGAGGAGGAUUGGGGGGGGGGCAAUGAGAUAUGGAUGAGCAAAAACAGCACGGGGACAGAGUUGUGUAUCGAGAUGGAUGAGAGACAUAUCAACAUGUGCCCCCACCCUCAUGUGGCUGAGUGAUUUACCGGUACUCGGUUGCCCCUGCAUGCCCCUACUGGUUUGAAUCAGAUCUGCUAGAUGUCCUGUCCUGUCACGUUUGGAUUGAAAGUGGGAGAAAAAAAACUGUGAAAAUUGUGUAAAAUUUUGGGUUGUCCCUUGGAGGAAACCACGGCUCCACAGUCCGACGCAGUGUAAAUUUCAGGAAUAACUGGACUAUGCCUAACAGAAAGCGGAGAAAACCCCUGAUACAUUUUACUGUGACGUCAUAUUAUCUAUUUAAAUAACUGAUAUUUUUUAAGUAGUGUUGGUAUCCAAAAAUAACGAUUGUGAGGGGGGGGGGGAUUUGAAAAAAACAAACUGUCUUACUUAUUUGAACGCAUUAAUCAGCUAUUCAAAUACAAAAGGGUUACCAUUUUAAAAUAUGGCAAUGUUUGUUUUAAUUGCUUGAUAUUUAAAGUGGGAUUUUAAGUUUAACACAUGGGGGCAUGAACUUAACUGUAAAGCCCACAUAACUGAUACGGAGCAGCACGCGGUGUAGGUUUGCCUCUCCCUGGUCUCUAAUGUGUCCAGGAUUUAAACUUUGAAUAUUGUCUUGGAAAAUAUGCUAUUUUGUUAAUUUACAAGUGUGUCAUUUGUUUCAAAGAAGGAAGCUUGUUUAGCCAGAUUUUCCAUAAUCAAAGUCGUCUAUGCGGUGACGUCACUAGAGUUGGUGUCACCUCCCCCCCUCCUGACCUCCAGUCUUCCCCAUGGACCUCCUCCUAGUCUGCCUGAUCUGGUAGAGGCCUACUAUUGUAACUUACUUUGGUAACUUCCAUGGUUGGCAACCUGAUCUAGUGGUGAUCUACUAUUGUAACUUACUGUGGUAACUGCUUUUGUUGGCAAACUGAUCUAGUGGUGAUCUACUAUUGUAACUUACUGUGGUAACUGCUUUUGUUGGCAACCUGAUCUAGUGGUGAUCUACUAUUGUAACUUACUGUGGUAACUGCUUUUGUUGGCAAACUGAUCUAGUGGUGAUCUACUAUUGUAACUUACUGUGGUAACUGCUUUUGUUGGCAAACUGAUCUAGUGGUGAUCUACUAUUGUAACUUACUGUGGUAACUGCUUUUGUUGGCAACCUGAUCUAGUGGUGACCUACUAUUGUAACUUACUGUGGUAACUGCUUUUGUUGGCAAACUGAUCUAGUGGUGAUCUACUAUUGUAACUUACUGUGGUAACUUCUAUGGUUGGCAGCCUGUUCUGGUGGCACACAUUUGUAUUUAACUGAGUUCUGUUAUGAAAGUGACUCGAUGACUCGAGCAAACUAUUUGCAGUGAGGUGUCACCUCCCUGUGAGGUCAGCACCCCCACCCCCUAGUGACUUAGUGACGCUACACUGCAUCUACUGUAAUAAUAUUUGGUGAUACUAUGAUAAUUUGUCAAGCUACAGGUAGGAAAGCAAAAAUGUACCAACAUAGAUGUAGGAAUAUGAGAUGAGGUUUGGCUAUCCCGGGAUGCACUAUUUUCGGGUUGUCAUUUUCGGUCCAUUGCUAACACUAAAUAGGACACAUAUUAUGUUUGAUGUGUAUUUUUCUUUAUAAAUUGUUGCUUUCAUGAGUAAGAGGUGUGGCAACAACAAAAAAAAAGGGGGGGGGGACAGCACCAAGUUUCGCAAACUCUAGAAGCUUACUGCUCCACUGGGCAUCGGUGCAAGAUAUUUUACUCUUUGAAGAAAUGUUAGGCAGCAGCGACCAAAAAAAAAAAUAAAAUUGUUAAAUCACACAAAUAAGAAACAAUCUAAGCUCGUAGAAAGAGGUCAUCCAUUCCAAUUAAUGAUGCUUCACUGGCGAGAAAAAUGACACUUAAUUCUAACAUUCUGUUAUCAAAAGAUGGCAUUCUCUCAAAUUUAUCAUCUUCUUAAGCCUGGCGCCCUAUGAACGUCUGUUAAAGGGAUUAGCUUAUUUCGCACUAAAUGACAUCGACUUUUGAUUUUUGCAUAAAACUUAGUAGUUUUGUUUUUUUUUCUUUUCUAAAGAAUAUGGGAUACAUAGAAUUGAGCCAUGUUUUGACCAGUUCGACUUAUGCAAUCUAAGUCAGAAUUAAUUCUAAUAACUGGUGCGGCGUGUCUUCUUUUCGAUGCAGAAGAUCCAAAAAAUCCCACCUAUCCCAAAAUUGCCACCCAUGAUGGACCCCCCCCAACCCCAACUUUAAAAAAAAAAAUGAUACUGCUUUAACUAAACUUUGACAUGUAUGAUUUUGUAACUAGACGAGUAUUAAUAAGCGCCUUCUUUACACAGGUAACUAUUGAUGAUGGCAUGUUCAUCUCGAUUCACGUCUUCAAAUCUGGAACUUCUGUUAGUCGGAAAGACAGGGAAUGGGAAAAGCUCUACUGGAAAUUCAAUACUGGGCACAGGGACAAAAAACUUUGUUGCCCGAUGUAAAACAACUUCCGUUACAAAGGAAGUAAAAAGGGUUAAAAAUGAAAAGAGCAAUGUCGCCGUUACUGAUAUCCCGGGACUAGCCGACACAGACCAUGAUGAUGUGGGCAAUGUAUUACUGGCCAAAGAUUCACUCGAGAAAGCAGUAAAGGGGACUGCCAAUGGAUUUCACGCCGUAUUGUUUGUUUUAAGAUUUGGCGAAAAGUUUACUGCAGAGGAGGUGGACGCUGUGAGUGCCAUUAAAUCCCUCCUGGGAAGCAGCAUCUUUAAAGAUUUCGGUAUUUGUGUUUUCACGCACGGGGACAAUUUUGAAAAGCAGCUGAAAGAUGGCGGAGAUGACCUCAAUGGCGCUGAAUCAUUCACGGAAUGGUGUGAGAAAGAAACAGGCAAAUUGUUUCAUCUGUUUCAAGAAUGCGGUUCCCGCUACGUGCUGUUUGACAACAGGACCAAAGACGCAGACAAACAAAGAGAGCAGAGAGAGGUUUUGUUAACGAUGGUUGAGAGCUUGAGUCAAGGCCAGAAAACGUAUGGACUUGCAGAGCUAAUGCUCGCCUCCCACAGUGAAGUGAAGAAGCCUAACAUUGAUGGACGCAGCUAUGGUAGAUUGCAGGCUACCUCAACGCUACAGGAGGCCCGUGAAGAUUUUCCUGAGCUCGAUGGGCGGACAGAGGAAGCCCAUUUGCUGUACACAAUUGCCGUAUCGACGUUAGAGUAUAAACAGGAGAUCAUUAAAGAAAAGUUUAAAAAAGACUUAAACAUUGGAUCCCGUGAUUCAGAGUUGAAAAAAUGCUUGUUGGAAUUCGGUAAAGUUAAAGAAAAGAUAGAAAAUCUCAAUAACCAACAUGGUGGACUUGAUCACCUUAUCAAUCAAAUGUCUUAUUAUGAGACUGAAUUAAAAGCACAGUUUUGAUUUUGAAAAAAAAAAUGCUUUAAAAAAAAAAAAAAACAUAGAUGAAGUUAUUAGAUUUUCAAAUAACCAAGUAAAUGAAGGCAGGGAGUGAUAAUUUGUUGGAAUUGCGUAAAGUUAAAGAAAAGAUAGAAAAUCUCAAUAACCAACAUGGUUGACUUGAUCACCUUAUCAAUCAAAAGUCUUAUUAUGAAACUGAAUUAAAAGCACAGUUUUGAUUUUGAAAAAAAAAAUGCUUUAAAAAAAAAAAAAAACAUAGAUGAAGUUAUUAGAUUUUCAAAUAACCAAGUAAAUGAAGGCAGGGAGUGAUAAUGUCGUCAGUACCAGCAGUUAUCGUGUUGGUCGUACGAGUCUCUACUCUUCAGAACUAAAAUGACGUCAGGUCCCCCCCACUAUGGGUAACCCCCAAAAUGGUUAUGGUCAGGUGGCAUUGUUUAAAAGGCGGCCCCAUUUUUUGUUGGAAGAUGUAGAAAUGUAUUUGUCAGAAGAUAAACCUUUUAAAAUGUAUUUUGAUGUGCUCCCGAAGGAGAUGUUAAAGGCGUAUUUUAACAGACGAUUUGGGCCAACUCUUAAAUUUUUAUUUUUUAUUUUACCGUACUAAGAAAUACAUUGAUUAGUUGGCCAUAAAACAGUUCUCUCCGUUGCCUUAGCCCUAACUUAGAACUGAAGAUAAAUAGAAAUAUUUGGUCACCAGCAAUUGAGAAGAGAUAAUUGCUGUGGAUACAAUUGAAAAAAAUGUCAUUAAAUAAAAUUAUUGGACCUUUAAAAAAAAAAAUUUUGUGUCAAAAGCGACAAUGCGAAUGCCUUAUAAAUUACUAUAAAUUUAUUGUACUUUAAAAUGUUACUUUAAAAAAAACCCCAGCAACCUUUAAUGAGUAAAGCAUUUGGUUCCUAAACACAAAUUAAUUUAAUCUGUAGUUCAAAUUGUGUCGAUCAGGCCUGCACAACAUACGGCCCGCGGGCCGCCAGCACCCUCUUUGCGGCCCGCGAAGUAACAAAAUAUUCUUUAUUAUUAUUAUUAUUUUCUUUAUAACUUUCCCCCUUGUCCUAUUUUCUUUCUGCCCGCAUAAGUUUUUCAUAAAGUAUUACGGCUCGCCUUGCAUUUUGAGUUGUGAAGGCUUCAGUGAAGGCCUGGUGUAGAUGAAUAGUUAUACUGUGCCGAUUAACGUAAGGCCACCUUAGACUAUCAAGCCUUAAGUGUGUUCAUGCUGGCAUCGCUAUGCUGGUGUUUUUCUUUCCAAAUUCAAACGCAUUUAAAAAUAAUUGUUAUGUCCUUGUUUGAACCUUAGUUCAACUUUUUAUUGAGGAAUUCAAAUACAUUAUUUUUUAUAUGUAAGUCUGGAACUAAUUAUAAGGAGCUUUUAUUUUUUAUACAUUUCCAAUUACACCCCCUUUAAAGAUUUUUUUUUAAAGCACAGUAUGAAUCUAUGAAUAUGAAUACAAUCUUUCGAACAGAACUGUAUUUUCAGAAUAUAAAGUUACGUCCCUUUUAAAAUUAUAAACACAUUUCCUCAUACUUUAAGGGAAGAUUUUUUCUUUUUAUAUAAAAGUGGUUGCAACUAAUUUAAUUCAACUUGAUUUGAACAUAUUUUGUAUAUCUAUAAUUUAUUUUGUGCAAUAUAAGUGAACAUCAAUGCAUCUAUUGUUAUUUUCAUUUUUCUGGUCUUUCAUUUUUCUUCUGUAAAUCUGUUCUUUGUAGAAGUAUAUAAAUAAAAUAAUUUUGUAAUAAAUAGUACAUGUAUAUAAGAAAAGAUUAUAAUCCAUUUUUUGAUGUUUUAUAUGAAUUUAAAAGGCUACUUGUGCUUUCUAGUAAUAU